GGCCCCACAUUUUGGUGACAAGGGGACAGGCGGAUGCUCCAUCACCCCCCAAACCUGCCCUGCACCCCCAAAGCAGGGUGUUCCCCCCACCCAGACACCCCGUCACAUCCCCCAGGCCGGGAAGAGGAAGCGAGAGCGGCAGAGCCUGGGACCGGCACCCGGCACUUGGCACUGCAGGGCACCCCGAGCUGGCAGCACCUGCGGAGCAGCUCUGGGGGCUGGCCCCCCACGCUAGAGGCAGAGAUGGAGAAAGACCCCAACUACCUCCAGGACGCGGCCAAGGCAGUGGCAGGUGACAGGCUGGGAGCUGAGGGGACAGAGGCGCAGCUGGAUGACUUUGUGGGGGCUCAGUCCGACUACAAUGAGGAGGAGGAGGAGCAGAAAUAUUUCCGCCGCAAGCGCCUGGGCAUCGUGAAGAACGUGGUGGCCGCCAGCCUGGCUGGCAUGCUCACCUACGGUGUCUACCUGGGCCUCCUGCAGAUGCAGCUGAUCCUGCACUAUGACGAGACAUACCGGGAGGUGAAAUACAGCAACAUCCAGCUGGAGGACAUCGACCGUAAGGUGCUGAUGGGCAUCAAUGUCACUCCCAUCGCCGCAUUGCUCUACACCCCUGUCCUCAUCCGGUUUUUUGGCACCAAGUGGGCCAUGUUCCUGGCGGUGGGGAUCUAUGCCCUCUUUGUCUCUAGUAACUACUGGGAGCGCUACUACACGCUGGUGCCCUCUGCCGUGGCCAUCGGGGUGGCCAUCGUGCCCCUCUGGGCUUCCAUGGGCAACUACAUCAUGCGGAUGGCACAGAAGUACUACGAGUACGUCAACUACAAGGAGGACCACGUGCAGGAGCAGCAGCGGCCACCACGGGGAGCCUGCAACACUUACAUCAUCAUCUUCCAGACCGUGUUCUACGCCUGCUUCCAUCUCAGCUUCGUCUGCGCUCAGAUGCCGAUGCUCUUCUUCCUCAACAACUACCUGUACCAGCUCAACCACACGCUCUACAACAUCAAGCACUGCGGGACGCUGAGCCACGGCACGCUGUCUGGCUUCAACACCACGGUGCUGCAGAGCUUGCCCCGCAGUGUCAACCUCAUCAUCGUGGAGAGCGCGCUGAUGGCGGCCGCCUUCCUCGCCAUGCUAACGGUCCUAGUGCUCUGCGGUUCGGCGUAUCAGCCCAUGGAGGAGAUCGACCUGCGCAGCAUCGGCUGGGGCAACAUCUUCCAGCUGCCGUUCAAGCACAUGCGGGACUAUCGCCUGCGGCAUCUCUUCCCCUUGUUCAUCUACAGCGGCUUUGAGGAGCUUUUUGUCUGCACUGGCUUCUCCUUGAACUACGGCGUGUGCGCCCUGGGGCUGGAGAAGUUGGCGUAUCUCCUCAUGGCCUACGGCUUCUCCGCCUCACUUUGCUCCAGCCUGGCUCUCAGCAUGCUGCGCCUGCGGCGGCAGAUCCCGCUGCUGGCCGGAGCCUUCAUCCACGCCGCCCUCCUGGUGACACUCUUCUGUUGGGCACCACAACCCCGGCUCGUGGUCCAGGCGCCUCUGCUCUACACCAUAGCUGUGCUCUGGGGCACGGGGAGUGCCCUCAACAAGACCAGCAUUAGCAUCCUCCUGGGCAUGUUGUAUGAGGACAAGGAGCGCCAAGACUUCAUCUUCACUAUCUACCACUGGUGGCAGGCACUGGCCAUCUUCACCGUAUACUUGUGGUCAGAGCUGCCCAUGAAGGCCAAGCUCUCCAUCAUGCUGGCGACGCUGGCGGUAGCAAUGGGGGCUUAUCUCUGGAUGGAGCACAAACUGGCGCAGCACGUGGCCUAUCGCCUGCCCCGCAUCCCCCGCCCACGCCUCAGGAUGCACGGCUACUGCUAUCUGGAGGAGGACGACUCGGACGAGACCGGCUCGGAGAGCGACGGCAGCAAUGACGACAACGACGAGCGGCCGACGGAGUCCGCCAGCAGGGAGGAGCUGCCAGAAGAUGAGAACCAGCUGGGUUAGAGGCAGCCUAGAGACAGCGCCCCCCCGCCCUCUGAACCUGAAGUGGGGUCCACAGCACUCCCUGGAGCUACCCAAACCCCUUGAGCAGGCCCAAACCUCCAGAUUCCCCUCAGGCUGGGCUUGCAGCACCCCCCCCACAAGCCCCAAAGACCCCCAAGCCAGGCCCACAGCCCCUCAGGCCAGGCUUGCAUCCCUCAGGCCAGCCCCACAGCCCCUCAGGUUGGCCCGCAGCCCCCCAGCCCCUGAGGUCAGGUAAUUCUUUGGAAUUCGCUUCUGAUCCUAAUGAGCAGGACUGAUCAGUCAGGAAGAGAGUAUAAAGAACAGGUCAGGUAUAACACCAUCCUUCUAGAUACAUAAUCAGAGUUUUCAGUAAAUCGUUGGUUAGGGAAAACCUGAACCAAAGGGUACUGUAUUCCAUUCCAUUUACUGGCUGCCCAUGGCUGCAUCCCUCUUGAGUUUAACCCCUGUUAGAAAGUAAUGGUAGCUUUAACUUCCACAUUUCUGGAAGCAGUGAGCUCCAUACUAUAGUUCUGCAGCAUCCGAAAAAAAUACUACCUUUGGGUUGUUUUAAACCUGCUGUUCAUGAUUUCCCCUGUGUGCCACCUACUAGAAAAAGUGAGUGAGAACUCCCUACCUUCUCUUCACAAGCCACCGUUUUAUAUAAUUCAAUCAUCUUCCCAAACAUUGUCACUGUUGUCUUUUUCAAACAGAAAAGUCCAAAUGCAAAUAGUCAUGCUUUAAACAGAAA